GGUGCCGCGAUUCGAGUCCACAGUCGAAUUCAUCGUAGUUAGUGAUUUUUGAUUGCAAUAAGAUCUUAGUGUUUAACAUCAACAAAAGAUUGAAGUUGCAACGGUGAAUACAAAUAAGUCCCAAUAAUCUUUCGUGAAACUUUCGUCUUCGUUGUCACGACUGUCUUAAAAAAUUAUGAAUAAGAAAUUAUGGGCCAUCCUUCUCCUCGUCGUCGGCUGUACUGCAACUCUCUUCUCCGAUACAAGCCCUGAAUAUGUGAAACAAUGUUCCAAAAGCGAUCCAAAGCUGAUAACUUGUCUGAUCGACGCUCUACAUCAUCUGCGAUCUUAUCUGAAAGUCGGAAUCUCUGAAAUUGAGUUACCCUCGGUAGAACCGUUCCGUAUGGACGAACUGACUCUCUCUCUGACAGGUGGUACGAAUGGUUAUAAAAUUCAACUUCGAGACCUUUUUAUAAGGGGAGCGAGUAACUACACUGUGGAAGAUAUCAAGCUGGGUUCACCUUUCCAAGCCAUUGUUCGAAUGCCGGCCCUUAUAUUAGAUGCGCAUUAUUCCAGUUCUGGUGUAUUAAUAAUUUUGCCUGCAAGUGGAAACGGUACAUUCCAUGCGCGUUUCGGAGAUGCUAAAGUACUAGUCAGAGGGACAAUCUCUACAAAGUUGCGAGAAAACAAGACGUAUUUAAAUGUUGAUAAUCUCGAUGUUGCGCUCGGAGUGAAAAAUUUGCAAAUGCGAGUCAGCAAGAUUUUUAACAACAAUCGAAUACUUACCGAGGCAAUCAAUCUUUUCCUUCGAGAAAAUGGACAAGAAGUGUUGAAAUUAAUGGAACCGCAAUUAAAAAAGAAGUUAUCGGCACUCUUUGCUGGUAUUGUUAACCAGCUGUUGCGACAUGUACCAGUGGAAUCAUUUCUUAUACCUUAGAAUACUAUUUACAUUAUAUUAAUUACUAUUAGCUUCUUGUUAUUGAAAAAUUAAUGAUAUAUUUUAAAU